UUUCCACUAAGCCAAAGCAGUUUACAGUUGCUGACGGUGUAAGGAGUACACGUUACAAGGCCGUGCGGGGGGAGCUGCCAGACCCAGAUGUCCUCAAAGUCAGCGAGGUAUACAAGGACUUCUCAGCAGACAUCGCACCACUGAUCACCACCAUGGCUAUAAGUGUGGACGUGCCACUGGUUAACUCCACCUUUGGAAAAGUUCAGGAAGGUAGCCCUAUCUCAUACCAGCAUCCACUACCUCUUAGCCGGGUUAUAGUGCGUCACCCAGAUGCACCUCCACCACCACCUCUACCUGUGGAUGGCUAUAGGCUGGAGCCUACCACCUGUGAGUUUGUGUGCAGUCACCAACAGCACCUCCAUCUACUGUCACUUGCGACAACAUUGCUCAUGGCAAGGAAAAUCGAGGUGGCCACAAGGGAGCAGAGCGACAGUGUGGAAUGGCACCGUGUUAGGAGGCCAAGAAUAACUUCUUCCCGUUUCAGGGAAGUAUGCCAUGUUCGAGGUCAGAGUUCGGCUGAAAACUUGGCACAACGGAUUCGGAAGGGAGUGGCGCAAACGGCAUCAAUGAAGAGGGGACUGGCACUGGAACCGGUUGCCAUCCAGGAAUACUGCCGGAUUAAAAACACCAAUUACUGGCCGUGUGGGUUUGUCAUUCACCCAGAUGCCCCCUGGUUAGGGUCAUCUCCUGACGGUCUGGUGUUUGACCCAACUGAGAGCCCACCUUUUGGACUUGUUGAAAUAAAAUGCCCAAAUGCAAAAAGUUAUGUGGACUGUAGCUACUUAAAAAUGCAAAGUGGCACAUUAAAACUGAAGCAGUCUCAUAGCUACUAUUGGCAGGUGCAAGGCCAGCUCCUACUCACAGGGAUGGAGUGGUGCGAUUUCGUCGUUUUUGCAGAGGAGGAUAUCCUUAUACAGCGUAUCUGCAGAGACUGCGAGGUGGCUACAACCAUUAGGGAGAAGGGAGAUUAUUUUUAUUUUUAUUUUUACAUGGACUGAUAUGCACUACACUACAUUAGUGUACCACACUACAUCACACUACAUUACUGAUCUAACAUGAAUAUUUUCCUGUAUAUAGUUCUUUCAAUUGCUAAAACCA